UAUAAAACAGAAGGUCCAGGUGGAGACAAAAGUCCACGUGAAGAGGAUUUGGUGUGUGAGGAGCGCGAGGAGAGCAUCCAGACAUGAAUAGAGUCACUAAAACCCACAUGACCUACCCCAUGUAUUUCCCUGGCAUGGGCAUGGGUACAGCCCCCUUCUUCAAGGUGACUGUGUUUGAGCAGGAGCACUUCCAGGGCAAAUGCCAGGAGUUCACCUCCGAGUGCUGCAACAUCUACGAAUGUGGCAUGGACAACAUCCGCUCCAUCCGAGUGGAGAGUGGAGCCUGGGUGGGCUUUGAGCACCAUGACUUCCAGGGCCAGCAGUUCAUCAUUGAGAGGGGCGAGUACCCCAACUGGGAAUCCUACUGCGGCUCCCUGUCCUACCACAACGAGCGCUUCAUGUCAUUUCGUCCCAUCUACUGUGCUUCCCACCACAGCAGCCGUAUGAUGAUCUUCGAGAGGGAGAACUUCAUGGGCCGCUGCACCGAGCUGUGCGACGACUACCCCUCCCUGCAGGCCAUGGGCUGGUUCAGGCCCGAGGUGGGCUCCAUGCACGUGCAGUGCGGAGCCUUUGUGUGCUAUGAGUACCCAGGCUACCGAGGCCAGCAGUACAUCAUGGAGUGUGAAAGACACAGCGGAGACUACCAGCACUGGAGGAACUGGGGCUCCCACUGCCAAACUCCAAAGAUCCAGUCCAUCAGGCGCAUCAGGCACUGAGAGCACAGAGACCUGGACUGGCAGCACCAGCAGCACGGCCUGGGCUCAGGCUAACACCUGUGUGUUGCACGUUAGCAACGCAAAGCCUGAACUUUUGAGUUUGGUUCCGAGCUUAGGGCUCGGACUGUCAACUACAACACAAACCAUCAGUGAUGUAGCAGCUACCUCUUUAUCCCAGCACAUAUACAUACUUCUGUUCAUAAUGAAGAGUAUUUUGUUUUGGUACAAGUGAAAUAAAGUUCAGAUCAAGAAUGUGAAAAGGAAAAAAAAAAUGUCUGUGCUCUCCUUGCGCGAGUGUGAGUGUAUACAGGACAGAGUUUGUUAUUUACGGAUCAGUACACGUAUCAUAAUCACACAUCAGUCUGGGUGCGGGGCUAUUAAUCCAGAGAGAAGUUUUCAUCAGCUUGUAUGUGGACGCACUGAACAAAUCACAUUUACCAACACACGGGGGAGACUUUUUGAGGUAUUAACUCUGCUUGAGUAUUUAUUUCAUGGCAAAACGUUUACUCCAGUAUGUGUGUGCUAAUCAAGGAUCCCUGCAGAAAAUCAAACACGUACAAGAACACACACACACACACACAAUAUAUAAACGCUCACUUUUCAGUUCAUUAGGUACACUGGUGAAAACAAAUCCAAUCUAAUUUAACAGUCCUUCGCUAUAUCCUCCUUCAUGACUGCUCUGAUGUUCAACAGCAUCAGGAAGGUGGUGACUCAACUGGAUGAUCAUUAUGGAGGAUGUAGUUUGUAGUGCUGUUAAAUUGGAUUGAAUUAAACACUAAAGUGUUUAUGUUAUUUAGCCUAAGGACCAAUGACUAAAAUUGGAUCGUUAAAGUAAUGGGAACAUGUCUUGGUACAACACAACGCAAUUCAGUAAUUCUACAAAAUGAAGUUCAAUCUAUAGCUCUGUAGCUAUUUUAAGAUAAUGCUAAAUACCAUAAGCAUCAUGAAGAUGAGUUUGAGUGCAUGACUGUAGACAAUAGUGUACCUCCCUAAUCAAGUAGUAAGUCAUUGUACUGUAUACAUGCAGUUUAAUAACUCAAUGCCACAUUAAUUGGUUAGAAAAACAAAUUCAAAUAUGCGUCAUAACCUCAUAGCAUAACAUGCAUCCGGCGCUGUUUGUUGUUUUUUUAAAGCUUUAACUUUUACUGUGAAAUGAGUUGUUACUGCGUCUCAACUCCUGCGUAAGCAAAAGAUCCUUUCUUUGAAGUCGUCCACGGUUUUAAAUGUGUGGGUAUUACUUUACUCCUUGCUAUUCUUUCCAUUAGGCUAUGUGUUCAGGUUUCCAUGGCGAUCGGUGUUCACCCGUCACUGCUACCUUAAUGAAAAAGUCUGUGACUUUGGCAACACACCACCCACCUGCGAGGAGAAACGCAAUCACAGCUGACAGCGGCUGACUUUAAAACAAUCUUUAGUUUAAAGGGCCAGUGCAUUUAAGGGAGAAAUAUGUUACUGUGAACAUGACAGAUGGAGCAGCAUAAACUGAGGUUUCCAUGUUAAAGGUUAUAAGCUACAGGAUGUGGACCCCUUCCUUCUAAUGCUGACUUAAAUGUAAAUCCAUACAGAUUACUUCUGACAUCAUAGGAAACAUAUAACAAACAUAACAAUAACAUUACAGCUCGGGGUCCUGACAAAAAGUUUGGGUUGUUUUCAGCUGAAUGGGACGUAGCUUCAGAGAGAACCACAAAUAAACAGUAAAAUAAAAGACAUGCCAGCAAUGUAACUACUUCACUAACUACAUCAAGAAAAUUAGACACAAUAGGAAAAGAAAAA